UAUGUAUACAUAUCAUUCUUAACAAAACACAGUGUGUCUUUUUAGUGUUGUUCCUUGUGGGCAUCAUCACCGAUCCCAUUGGCAUGGUGCAAGCUGCUCAACCUGGCGAUUCUGAUGCCUCCAUCACUCUAUUUCAAGUAGCACCGGCCGAUGACUUAGGCAUCUAUAGGUAUGCAUAUGAAACGAGUAACGGUAUUUCCGUACAGGCCGCUGGUAGCGCUAUUGAGGCGAUAGGUAUCUACAGCUAUAUGUCCCCCGAAGGCAUACCGAUCGAAGUGCGUUACAUUGCUGACGAAUUGGGAUUCCAUGCAGUUGGACGUCACAUACCCAGACCACCACCAAUACCAGACUAUAUACUCCGCUCGCUGGAGUAUAUAAGCAAACAUCCGAAUGAUGAGGAUCGUGGUCGUUAUCGAAUGUUAAAAUAGAAUAAAAUACCUAUUUUAUACAGAUGUACAUAUUUAGUACUUAAACAGUAAAUAUAUUUAAUCAUUAAAAGUUAAAAGACCAUUAUAAGUAUCACAAAUUAUAUUUAGACAUAAUUUUACUUAAGCGAAUUGUCAUAAAUGCAUUUCCGAUUUUAAUAUACGCACAUACACACUAGGGUUAUCUAAAUACAUAUACAUAUGUACGUAUGUAUACGUAUAAAUAUACAUACAUAUAGCGAAA